CGGAGAUGAGAUUUCACGCAUGCGCCUUGGGUCGUUUGCGUUGUUUUCCCUUUGUGGUAGAAUGCGAGUACAUUAAAACAACAAUGUCGUCUUGUAGCACGACUCUGCAGACAUUUGAAGGAAAUGGAAUCGAAGGAAAUCAAAAUGCACCGUGUCCAUUUCACGGCUGUAAACGCGUGUAUACGGACGUGAGUGCUUUGGAGAGUCAUAUGAGGGACCACGCAAUCCCAUCUGAAUCUCUUCCUGGAAAAUCCUUUAACUGCUCGACUGUUGGCUGCAGCUGCUCCUUCCCAAACAUGCAGAAAUUGAUGGAACAUGUGAGACGUCACCAUAAACCCAACAUAUAUUUCUUGUGUGAAAAUUGCCGCACAAAGUUACGAUCGUACCGUGGCCUGCUGACUCACCUUCAUACCUGUUCCAAAGUUCCACGGGGGAAAAUGAAGUCAACAGAACAGAUGCCCCUUCAACCAGUUGGUGUGACAAACCCAAAUGCGACUCCCCUGCCUGCUGAUCUGAACCCACCUCAGAUGGACGUGGUGUCCACACCGCACCUAUUGAUCCCUCAGCCCGAGAGUUCUUAAAUAUUUGGACUGUCCCUCCUCAAACUUGUUUCUUACUGUUCUUUGAACCAGGAGACUCUGUGGUCUGCAGCGGUCCGGGAAAGCAACUAAAUCCCACAAAUGCAAGCCAAUAAGUCUGUUUGCCUUUUAGAGAUGUAUUAAAGAGAUGUGCAAGUUAAACAUCAACAAUAAUAAAUCCCCACGUCAGUA